AUGCGCGCUUCGACAGUUCUUCGUAGUAUCUAUUUUUAUACCGGUUGCCAAGUGAAAGAAAAGGGCAGAAAGAAAGGAUACCGGUUUUUGACAGAAGCUUAUCCAAUCGAUUGGAAAAGGGGCUAACGGUGCCGUUAUUAUUGGUUGAAAUGCGGCCAUCACUCCCUCUCUCCUUCCCUUUCACCCCUUCCACUCAACUCCAUAACGCAACUGAGAACUUUAAUUUUUUAUCGCUAUCGUUUUCUACUUUUGUACCCCUCUACUAUAACUACCACUACCAAUACCACCACAACAAAACCUCUCGGUUUGACUGAAGGCAUAAAAUUACUCACGUGUAAGUACAAAUGCAACGGACCUUGCAGCAAACAUUUCUUAUCUUCCUUUCUUCCCUCCUCUUAAUGUUCUUUUCUUCCUUUUUUGGUCCUCUGGAUUCUUAGCCUUGCAAAGCUGUGUGGCUCCUCUUAUGCAUUAAUGUGUUUCUUGCUGUGCGUCGCGUCUCAUCAUCACCUUUAUGCAUCAAGUCAUUCGUUCAUUCAUUCUUUAGACAGGCAGAUAGAUAUGUAA